AUGGCUUUAUUCAGCUUGCUCAUCCUGACCUCCCUGUGUAUUGUGGGCCGAGAGGCCCUCAGCUUAUCCGACUGUGGAGUUUACGCCAGAAGACCAGAAUAUACUGAUAUCACGGUGAUGUGUGGCACGUCUGCCAUCGAACUGGCUAUUCAAAUCUGCCCAGUGGUGUACACCGGAUACAACGAGAGUUUACUGAUCCUGAACCGCAUCCGGGACAAUGUGGCCUGCAAGGGGAUGCUGGACACCUCUGUGGCACCACCUGUGAUGAGAUUCAGCUUCCCUAUCAGAGAGGGAAACGCCUGUGGUAGUAAUUUCUUGACCACGAGCGUGCCAGGGACGGGAAUCUUCUCCGACUUCUCCAACAUCCAGACCGUCAAUGUCAGCGGGUUGGUGCGAUCCUUCGACCCAACCAUCGGGACCAUCACCUACAACGCAGAGCUCAAGUAUUACUACUCGUGUGCUUAUCCUCUGGAGUAUCUCAUUAACAACACCCAGGUGGAUGUGUCAUCCUCCACCACUGCUGUGAAGGACAACAAUGGGAGCUUCAUCAGUACUCUGAGCAUGGCCUUGUACAAGGAUGAUAAUUACGCCGAGCCCCUUCUUAUGCCACCUCUGGGUGUGGAACUGAGGACAAACAUCUUUGUGGAGGUUGUUGCAUCCAACCUGACAUCACAGUACUUUGUGCUCCUGGACCGGUGCUACGCCUCAGUGUCUCCGCUGCCCUCCAACGACACCUCCUUUAAUCUGUUUGUCUCGUGCUCCGUAGAUCAGCUGACCACCAUGCUGGAGAACGGGGAUAGCCAAAAGGCCCGCUUCUACUUCCCAGUGUUCCGCUUCAUCGAGCAGCAGAACGAGACCAUCUCCACCUACUAUCUGCACUGCAUUACCCGGCUCUGUGAGCGCAGCACCUGCAGCACCUUCAAGAGAUGCAGCAGGAAGAGGAGGAGUGUGGAGACCACGGUCAUCCAGGACGGCAUCACUGAGCCAUCUGUGCUCACAGUGGCUAUAAGGGCCAAGACAGACAGCUGUAAGUCCUCUAUGUGUCCUUAUCUGACGGCAUUCUGA